AUGCGGCUAUUCUUUGCCGUAGUACAAAUGAUUGCCGGCGCUCUCAUAUUCAGACACGUCGUUUUUCCCUAUCUUCGCGCCCUGACGGACGAAUCCGAGACAAAGCCCAUCUACAAGCCGCCCGUUCGGGCUUUGGACGGAGAGAGCAUGUACGACGAGGCCAAUGUGCACGUGUGUGCCGCAAUACACGCCCUUCGGCUGUUACGGCGCAACAACCCGCAUACGGCGCCGACGCCGUUUGAGUUCUUCCGGCUGGAUUCCAGGGCCACGCCCUUCUACCCGCAGAGCCUUGCGUUUCCGGGGUCGUCGGCGCACACGGAGCUGGAGAGGGUGGUCGAAAGCGCCGCCAGUGAGAUUCGUAGCCGCAAAUGGGCCAAAAACCAACAGCACGGCCAAGCCCAAGGGGCCGACGGCGAGGGGUUGACAUACGACAAGGAAGAUAACGGCGUCGUAGACGCCAGCUACGUCGUGGCGCAGAUGCUCGUCGACGAUGCGGCCAGGUCGUUUUACAUGACCCAUGUUGAGGCGCACAACAAGAGAUACAGCCAGCGUUUGAAAGCGGAAGAGGUUGUCUGUGGGAACUUGUGGCGCGACAGGGGCUGGAUGGUUCGCAGCGGGUGA